UGCAUACGUGGCGCUGUAGUAGCAAUAUGCCGCUGUGAAGUGGCAAGUGGUCGAGAACGAAUAAGCAUAUGUCAUUUUUAUGAUUGUACAGUGAAUUCGGUGGUAAAAAUGAGGUGGCUCGUGUUGUGCAUAUUAUUUAUCUCUUCCAUUGUUGCAACGCAUUGUUAUUUCAUCACUGUGGACGCACAUGCCGAGGAAUGUUUCUUCGACAAAGUCGAAUUCGGCACCAAGAUGGGACUCACAUUUGAGAUAGCAGAAGGUGGAUUCCUGGAUAUAGAUGUAAAGAUAGUUGGUCCUGAUGGUAAAAAGAUUUAUGAAGGUGAACAAGAGAGCAGCGGGAAAUAUACAUUUGCUGCACAUACUCCUGGUGUUUAUACAUAUUGCUUCAGUAAUCAGAAGAGUUCAAUGACACCCAAAGUAGUGAUGUUCAAUAUGGACAUUGGUGAGAAUCGAAAACCAAAUGAAGACACUGCUGGUAUUGAAGGUCAAGAUGCAGAUGGUAGUCAUGGAAAAUUAGAUGAUAUGAUCAAAGACUUGAGUACCAGUUUAUGGGGUGUAAAGAAUGAACAAGAAUAUAUGCAGGUCCGCGAUCGAAAUCACAGAGCGAUAAAUGAAAAUACAAAUUUCCGAGUUGUAGUAUGGGCAUUUUUUGAAGCCAUGGUGUUGGUCUUGGUGACAUUAGGGCAGAUCUUCUACUUGAAGCGAUUCUUCGAAGUACGAAGAAUCGUGUAAUCUAGAAAUAACACAUAACUGAAUCAAUUUUAUAUGUAAUUAAAUUAUGUCUAAUUACACUUUACAUCAUCUUUGCGGUAACACACAUUCUUCAUCUUUUCCAAGUUAAAUCGAAAUUCUAUGUCAUUAGUAUUAAGUGAAGGUGUUUCCUACAGAUCCGUAAGAUUUCUAAUAAAUGAAGAAUUUGUAACAGUA